AUGUCACCAUCGACCAGGACCAGUCUCCACGAUUUGAUCGAGGAGCUCGGAUUUCCUCCAAGUGAGCACCAAUUCUUGCUUCGUCUCUUCGGCUCAUCCGACCCAUUUGCUGGGCUUCCUCCGGACCUAGAGGCCAGUCACAGCCAAGAUCAAUCUCGCCAACUCAGCUCUACUAGUCUUGCUCGUAGACUUGCAUCUACUAGGCUCUGUGAACGUGCGAAUCAUUUUCGUCUACAAUCCUUCCAGCAUCGUCCUAGUGACUUUCCCGAGGAUUCAGAAGGCAGAGACCUGGUUCACUACGAAGAAGAGUGGACUUCCCUCAUCGGUGCCGAUUCGGAAUCUCUACUAUCCGAGUUAUUCCAACAGCUUGCAACGGACGACGAGCCUCCCUGUCUCGAGUCCCCGGAGCUUCCCGAACACCAUAAGACAUCAGAGAACGUUACACGCCCUGGAUCUGUUGAACCCCCAUGCUCAUCAGUCUAUGACAGCGAAAAAGCAGUCAUAUCAAAUCCGCGACCAGCCUACCUCGGAUUUCCCGAUUCUCUGAAGAUUUGGUGGACAGCAACCCGAUCGGAGAACAAGAGCCUUCCAGAGUCUGUGCCAAAGCGGAUACAUCUGCACUCGAUAACAGUGGGCUACCAACUAGUUCUUCUGGAAUCUCCCGGCCGUGUUCUAACGACACUUCAGCCGUCGUCAACACUCGGAAGAUUUCCUCUCAGAUCCCUUCACCGUCCCCCAGCUCUUGCGGAGAGUUGCCUCUCCCCGACUAUCACGAGGGACAACAAGUGGAUCUCGAAACCUCCGACCAGGCUCAGGAGCGCGCAAAUCAGGAAAAAUACACCAUUUUCCCCUCAUACUCCUCUCGGGUCCGUCCGAUCAGCUACGUGA